GAGGCAACCACGUUUCACUUUCCAUCUUUCUGACUCGGCCCUGUUCAUUUAAGAUAUGGCAUCUGAGUGCUGCUUCAGUCUCACCAAAUACUUCCUGUUCCUCUUUAACUUGAUAUUCUUUAUUUUAGGAUUGCUACUAUUAUCUUUGGGACUAUGGAUGCAAUUUUCAGAAGCAAGCUUUUUCAUAUACCCCACUCCCUACAUCUCCAACUCUCUCUUCUCCAACUUAUUGAUCAUCAGUGGUUCUGUGACCAUGUUGCUGGGCUUUCUAGGGUGUCUGGGAUCUCUGAAAGCAGUCAAAUGCUUGCUAGGAACUUACUUUAUUCUUCUAAUGGUCCUCCUCGCGGCUCAGAUAGUGGGUGGUGUUCUUCUCUACACACAGAAGACUGAGUUGGACAAGUCGCUUCAGGUGCAAACCCUUAAACUAAUAGAGGAGUUUGGAAGGAAUCAGUCCAGUCUCAAGGAUUUAGAGCAAACUCUCGAAUACAUUCAGCAGGAGGGCAAAUGCUGCGGAUGGUAUGGUAAAGUGGACUGGGGUUCUGGUGUUGUACCCUGUUCGUGCAGCUAUAUCAUCAGCGAUGUCAACACAACAUAUGAAAGCCAUGCUCAGGAGAUAUGCCCUCGAUGUUAUUCAAAUGAUUCUAUUUCAAAUCACACCUGUGGAAUUUAUGAGCAGGGAUGCAGUGAGAAUAUACAGAAAUGGCUGGACGAAAAUAUUCUCUUCAUCUUGUUGGUUAUUUUGGCCAUUGCUGUUGUGGAGAUAUGUGGUAUGACCCUUUCGAUGUGUCUGUAUAAAGAAAGUUCGGUGGAAUACAGUCCAUUUCCGUACUAAGAGGACCACUGGGGAAACAACACUGAGUCAUUUUGAGUCAACAUAUUUUAAUGAGUCUAUUUUCUGCAAAGUGUUCGAUAUUUUUAUACAGAUUUGAUAUUGAUACAUAUUGUAAUGCAGUCAUUUUUAGAAUAGUGUUUUUGUGUUUAUUAAACAGAUCAUCUCCUGUAAAUCUGUUCAUGUAAUAUUUAAAAGAUUGUUUUUACAUCUUUAGAUUAAUCUGCUGUUGCUGUUACUGAGACCGUCUUUCAUUUAGACGUUUGCUUUAGCCAUAGGGUGUUAGAAAGACUAGGAGCAUCUGGGUGGGACAGUAUAAUGUUUCACCAUUGUUUUGCACACAAAGCAUAUGACCUGAAUAUUGUGGCAAACUGUGAGAUAGUGUUCCCAUAAAUAUGCCUUUCAUAUCUAAACUUUAAUAUUUUUUCUUUCUAUAUAUACACUCUAUGCUCUCAAUGUAUUCUGUGUAGUAAUAUUCUCUAAGUAAUCGUUAUGAAACUGUUACUAUUAUUUGAAAUAAAAUACCACAAAAGGUUUUAAAUCUUUGUCUUUAAUUCAAAUGGCACAGAGCAUGUGUAGUACACCUGAGCAGGUAUUGUUAGGUCAGGGAGGCGGACUCACAUGUCAUAUAUAUAUGCUGUGUUGAUCUCUAAGAUUAAUUUUAGUGCAACAGUUCAGGCUAAGAAGGUAAGAGAUUUGGUGUCAUACUACUUGUUAUUUAUUAAUUUUUACAAAAAAAAAUGUAUUUCUGCACUUUUAAAUUCACUAAUAUUACAAUGGUUUCCAUUCAUUUUUAUUAGCUUAGUUUAAAGCACAGACAUGGAAUCGCGUGCAUUGGUUCUGAUUGUGUUCUUAGGUGUUGUCUGCGGUGAGUGAAAGAGCAUUUUAUUGUCAAUUAAAUUUCUUGGGACUGCUUAUAAUACAGCAAACUGGCUAAGCUUUUUAACAUAAUAGAACAAAAAUAUCACAUCAUACACUACACUUAAAGGCUAUUUUUAUUGAAUUAUAGCAGACUAGGGAAGAGCACUACCAUGAUUUUUAUUACACAACAGAAGAUAUUUGAAAGUUUCAUAUUCAAUUUGCAGUAAAAACUAAAAACACUUAAAACUUUUGAUGUUAUUAGUUUCACAGGCACUGAAGUGUAACUACUGCCAAAAGAUUGACAAAGCGAAUCCCACCUGUGAUACAAUGGAAGAGAGGGAAUGCCCCUCCGGUCUUAAUAACUGCAUUAAGAUCACAAUGUAUCCUCCAGCUUAUGGUGAAGUGCGCAGAUGUGCCACCAAUACAGAGUGUAGUGCUCCAGUCCCUCCACAGGUUGACAAACACUGCUGCAGCACAGACCUCUGCAACUAACCUGCACAACCAUCCAAAUGUUUUUUCUGUGUGGUUU